AUGGCACCACCUAUUCAUACAAAUUUGAUGCGUGACUUACUGCGAGCGGUACAAGAGUUGAGUAGGCAAAAUCAAGCACCUCCAUCAAAAAAUGCACCGCCACAACAGAAUACACCACAUUUUGCCGUUGGAGCUGUCUCAGUGGUUGAGCAGUUUCGUAGGUACAAGCCUUCUACUUUUGACGGUAAUUCUGAACCACUGGUUGUCGAAGAGUGGAUAAGAGGCCUGGAGCGCAUAUUUCGACACAUUGCUUGUACAGAUGCACAGAAAAUAUUAUGCGCAGAAUUUAUGUUGAUUGGAGCAGCUGGUCACUGGUGGGAAUCUGUUUCACGUACAAGGACGAAAGAGCAGCAAUGUAGUCUGACUUGGGAGCAGUUUAAAGAUGAACUCAGACAGGGGAACAUGUCACUUACUGAUUACGAAAGGCAAUUUGAGCAACUCUCAAGGUAUGCCCCGCACUUGGUGGAUACAGAAGUUAAGAAAAUUAGAGGUUCGAGAAUGGACUACGCCCUGAGAUCAGGAUGA